AUGCUUCGGUCUCCGGCAAAAAGACGUCGCCUGGACAGUUCGACAACUGAGACCGACUCUGGUACCGAUCCUAAUCCCUCCUUGCAUCAACAGCCGACGACCCCAACCCGCGCCUCAUACUUGUCGCCAACCAGGAGUUCACUUGCCCGGUCGCAUCCUCACCUCAUUAACCGAACUACCAGUCGCUCAAGUAGUAAGCCUACGGCCAAACGGUUAAGAGAUGAGAUACUGCGCCCCCCCGGCAAACCAUCGGAGACUCUGAGUGCUGCCGCAUCUCCUCCAUCUCUCGCUGCUGCGAAUGACUCGGACCAGAGCGAGGGUGGAAGUAGAGGAAACCAAACAGCCACUAAUUCUGCGCAUACCACAACUACUGAUGCGCCAGAUCAGACACAGCCCUCAUCCCGCUCAUGGUCGGCCUCCAGUGAACAGCAGCCGGUCAAUCAACCCCGCCGAAGCCCAACUGGGGAGGCGGACCCCCUCCCUUAUAUAUUUAAGCCGAUACUAGUCUCAAGACCCAGCAGCGGCUCCAGGCCAGGGCCCAGAAAUCGUAGCGAAGAGCUCGAUCUGCCUCCUACACCGGUACAGCUUGGUCUUAGCACGAUGCCUGAUAAGCCCCGUGGUCUAGCAUCGAGCAGUAGUCCUAGAGGUUCGAAGUCUGGAAGUGGCAGGAGAAGACGCCGGAGGACUGAUGGUCCAAUUACAAGCAGCCCUCUGAAACCGAAAGAUCCUGGUCGAAAUGCUAGAGAAAGUGACGACCGGAACGCUGAAGAUCUUCUGGUGAUUGAAGCCUUGGAAAGCGAAUUGGACGAUUCACGGAACAUAGCAGCAUCUUCCCUUGUAAAGAAAAAGGGCACCAAUCUCAGCACUUUGCGUGAAAGACUCGAACAACUCAAGAUGGAAGUGAGAAGACUGGAUGUUGCUGUUGAGAAGGACGAGGCCGAUGACGAUGUUUUGUCCCUACUCCUUCCUUCUACUGCAGAGUGCGCUAAUGUUGGCGCUGCGGAUGAGGAGAAAGCCAUGCAAUAUUUGUCACUGUUUUCUCCUGGUGAUCUUAGGCUCACCACCUCGACCAAAACGAAGAAAGUGAGAGGACGAACAAAAAUUAUUCACACACUAGGCUUGAAAGCCCCUCCUCCCUGGCCUGUUCAUGCGUUCACAUUCGCAUUUGAAGUGGUUGUGGACGCUGAAGACGCACGAGUAGAGGAUGUCUCCAGGAUCUACACAGCUGCGCAUCCCCACCGUAAAGGCCCAACGGUGGGUAUACAAAAGUGGGUGUGGCAGCGCAUGGACCAUCCACUUCACAAGCUUGAUGUAGGCGGUGUGAUUUGGGGUCUAGGUCAAUGGUUUGCUGCGUCGACUGAACGAGCCAAAGUCUUCCACCGGCUCGACCUUCAAUACAACCUUUCCUCUUCAGAUGACACCAAGAUUGGGAAACACCUGACAGAACGUGGCGCCAUCAUGCUGCUCCCAUUCCUGCAUCGAACCCAGGUGCAGAUCAAUGUACCGGGAGAAACCAAGAGACCCAAGAAGAAAAUCCUCCUGCUCUGGGACAUUAACAUUGACUGGAGCAGCGAGGUAAAAUCUAACAUCCGCAUCGCUGCUAGCGGCGUCCCAGCAAAGACUGGGCGAGAUCUGGCAGAGGUGUUUGCUAGUUUGUUCCCAACCAAGGGUGUGGCGGCAGCGGCGGAGUAUGUGCUUGGGCUGCUCCAAGGCGACGAGGAAACCGAGUCUCCAGUCGGAGAGCCUGUACGAAGGCGCAAGAGGAAA